CUGAGAUUGGUCACAGGGGGAGAGAGAGACUGAGUGCAUGCUAUGUCCUGGGACCCUGUUUACUUAACAUUCCCAGCCAAGGAAGCCCUGGUUUAAAUAGGAUUGCGGAUGCAGCUUGUCCAUAUCAGAUGAGGAAAUAAUUAUUGUGGGAUUUUAGAAAUUCCUUUGUUUAAACCCUUAGUGUGGAUUAUGAGAAUGCAGAAUGCCUUUCCUUUUGGGCCUGCGGCAGGAUAAAGAGACGUGCGUAGGAAUCAACAAUCAGAGUUAUAUCUGUGAUACAGGCCACUGCUGUGGACAGUCUCAAUGCUGCAACUACUAUUAUGAGCUCUGGUGGUUCUGGUUAGUGUGGACAAUCAUCAUCAUAUUGAGCUGCUGUUGUGUCUGCCAUCAUCGACGCGCCAAACACAGGCUUCAAGCACAACAGCGGCAGCAUGAGAUUAACCUGAUUGCCUAUCGUGAAGCUCAUAACUACUCCACUCUGCCAUUUUAUUUCCGAUUUUUGCCAAAUUAUUUACUACCUCCCUAUGAGGAAGUGGUGAAUCGACCUCCGACCCCUCCCCCACCAUAUAGUGCCUUACAUCAGCAAUGCGUCCCGCCUGGCAAUGGCAGUGCCGCACCAGACACAAGAAACCUACAGCCAGCCCAGACAGGCUCUUUGUCUGGAGCAGGAAGCAAUAAUGGAAACAUGGACAGCACUGCCUCCCACAGUGUUGGGGAUCCCGAAUCCUCCACCCCGCUAGUUGAGCGAUCAACCACCAAAGCAUCAAGUAGUGAGCCAAGCAACUCCAACAGUGGGGCAGAAUUGGAAGAAACAGCUGACCGCAUCUCCUGUCCUGAUAAGGAGUCUGAGUCCAAGGAGGAACUGCUUAAGGAUUACAACUCAGAAGGCUUAGACAACAACAGCGCCUUCCCCGAUGCUAAAGACAAGACACCUGGCAGACACCGAAGGUUCACUGGUGACUCGGGCAUUGAAAUCUGCAUCUGUAACCAAGGCCACCAUGACAGUGAUCUCAAGGAGUUGGAUGGGUUCAUUGAUGAUGGGCCCAUGGACUUCUGUGAUAGCUGCAGUGGCCACCCUCCACAUGGAGAUGAGGAAGAAGGGCUUUUCGGUGCUUCUGAUGAGCAGCACCGAGAGCAUAGCCACCAUCACGUCCCCCGACAGCCUGUGUGUGUGCUCCUGAACACCAUAAAUGAGCAGGACUCCCCAAACUCUCAUGCAAAUACAUCACCCAGCUAAAGCAGCAGAGUCAGAAGGGAAAGAUCUAUAAAAGGAUAAACAUGACUUCAACCAAAAACAAGCUGGUUCACCUUUUUCAUCAGUUGUAACUAUGGGAAUAACCCUAAAUGUAUGGAGGAAGGGGUAGAAGCUUUUGGGCCUUUAAAAGAAAUCAUCUCCCCUCUCUUCCAUCUGAUUAGGGGCUUAAGAUGAAAAGUGAGAUCAUUUUUAUACAUAUAAAAAGAGAAACUUUUUUCUAUUUCUGAUUUUGGUGAUGGUUUAUUUGGUUGUGUUUGGUUGGUAUUUUUAAGUUCUUCAAGAUCUGCUUUAUCUUAUGAUCAGAAGGACUUAAUCUGACCCUGUGAGAACAAGGAGUACUAGUUAUCUCUGCUCCCCAUCCCAGCCUUUCCAGGUGUCUUCCCAGAAGCUGGUGGCAUUUGAUGGCCCUGGCAGCAUCUUUAGCUAGUGCAGUUGAGAGGUUAAAAUUAAUUCCCGCAGGUUUGUGGGGUUUUUGUUUUUGUUUGAUGAUACAGUGCUGUAAUCUCUGGUGCAUUGUUAGUUAUGGAAACUUUUUCCUCUUGAAGCUGGUAACUGUAGAGCACCAGUUUCUUCCAGAAAGAGAACUGAUAACCUAAAACAUACGGUUUAUGCAAAAGGGGGGUUGCAGAUGUUGCCUUUUAUUUUAUUUUUGAAGGCAAAUGUGUUCCUUCAAUUGAUGCCUCUAAAGAGCACAGCUAUUAGUUGAGACUUCUGGCAGAGGAGCUGCCUUUUCCAGUACUGUGGUCUCCAAAUGACAUUCAGCUGGUAUGCUGCAAUGCAAAGGGCAGGGCUUUGCAACUUCAGGACAGCACGCUAGUUAAAAUGACAACUAUGAAAACCACACACACACACAGAGAACAGGGCUGUCUUUUUGGCCAGCGUGCCUUCAGGUUUCAGCGAUGCUUGUUGAACAAAUGGAGACGAGAACUCCGUCCAUUGCAAAAGGAUGACUUGCAGCAUCAAAGUGGAAGACUGUGCAGUAUUUUUUUUUUAGUCCAAAAGUUUUAGCGUGAUUCUAACAGUGACCACUUAAAAGAACUGUGUGUCUGUAUUUUCUCUCUCUCUCUUUUGAUAGUGGCAACUGGCUACUGUAUAACGUCUGUGAGUGUAUGUGUGUCUGACUGCAGUACAUGCAUGUGUGUUUCCUACUGGUGAUACAAAAUUUGCUGCUGCAAGACUGCAAAACAAAAAGACUAUAGCUUUGCUUUAAACAAACAGUGGAGCUUUUGUUAGUAACAACCCCAAGGGGGAAGAAAACCCAAACAGCUGAAACUAACAUUCCCUGGAGUGUUCCUGUGGAAGAGAGCAAGCCUUGGUUUCUAUAUUACGUGUGAUGGAGGUUUUUUUUGUUUUGUUUUCCCCUUCUCCUCUUUCUUCAAUUACGGUUGUCUGGGUCAUUUAUUGUCAUAAAACAGACUUUCAGAUUUGAUUGCUUGAAACCAAAAUCAGUUUGAACUAUGGUGUAAUCCCAAAUAUAAUGCCUUUUUUCUGAUAA